AUGGCGCACAAUGCCGAGGAUCAACUCGGUGACGGCCCAGUUCUGCCGCUUCUAGCAAACCAAGGAAACCUACCUGAUCCUCUUCUGGCUACCGACAUAGCUGACAGCGACAUUGACUCCGGAUAUGGCGACUCGAUUCGCGACGAGGCCGGUUCAAUUUCCAGCUCCUUGAGCAGUCUUUAUCCUCCACAGUAUCAUUACGGUCGUCGCUACCACGGCCUAAAUCCUGGCUCCUAUCAGAUUCCCGAUGAUGACCUGGAACAAGCUCGUCUGAGCAUGGUGGAUUACAUGUUCCAGCUGGUUCUCCAUGAACGCCUUCAUCUCGCCCCGGUACCGUCCAGUGCCGCCGUACUGGACAUUGGCACCGGGACUGGCCACUGGGCUGUCCAGUUUGGAGACCAAUAUCCCGACGCCACGGUCCUCGGCAUCGAUCUCAGCCCCAUCCAGCCCCAGUGGGUGCCGCCCAACGUCCGUUUCGCCCUCGAUGAUGUCGAGCAGGACUGGCAGGACGAUGAGCCUUACGACUAUAUACACUGCCGGUACAUGGGCGCCACCUUAAGUGAUUGGCCACGCCUAUUCUCGCAAGCCUUUAACAACCUGCAACCGGGAGGCUGGCUCGAGCUUCAGGAACUGGUCAACGUGGUGCUGACCGAGUCGAGCCAAGACCCCAAUACUCCCUCCGCAUCAUCACACCAGCCUGUCGCGCCAGAGCACCCCAUCGCCAGACUAAUCGACAAUCUCACAAUUGCGUUCGACAAGCUUGGCCGUCCUUUCAACCCAGGGCCAAACUUCAAGCGCUGGUGCGAGGAGGCCGGCUUCCGUAAUGUCACGGAGCGCCAUUUCACGGUACCCAUCGGUGACUGGCACCCGGAACCUCGCAUGCGCGAGCUGGGGUCCCUCAUGGCCGUCAACCUCACCGAGGGCGUCGACGCCUACACGACCAAGGUCUUCCAGGACACACUAGGCUGGGACCCGAAGGACAUAGCAGAUCUUAAUGCCGAUGUACGGGCGGCGGUACAGCAAUCUAGCAGAGACAAGUUGCUGUAUGAACUGGUGGUUGUGACGGCGCAGAAGCCACAUUGA